ACUUAGAAAGGUGCUAUUUUGGUCAUUUUAGUUUUUGAGUGCUAUUUUUGUUAUAUAAACUUAGAAAGGUGCUAUUUUGGAGAUUUGCCCAAUAUUAAUUUCCUGCUCUUUGAAUUAGAAAUGGUAAGAAACCAUUUAUGAAUAUUUAGUGUUAAACUACUUUAGAAAUAUUUCACGAUGAUUUAGUCGACGAAAUUUUACCAUAUACAUUGAAGCUAGAAUUCAAUUUUUUCCAUUCUGUGAUUUCAAUUAUAGUUUCAUCAACCAAAUCUGACAUUCAGACUUCAUAUAUGGACCCGGUCCAGACAUUCCUAAUAGCUUGAUGAUUAGUUUUAGGUUGUAGUUUAACCAGUCACCCCUUAAGUAAACCUUAAGAAUGUAUUCUGCCUAGAGAAUCCGUAUUCCACUUACAUAAAAUUUGUGCAUCCAUCAUCCUCCAAAAAAUGGGAUGCCUUGCGAUGUGCAAUAACCCUCUAGCUUUAUCAUGCCCAUCCACAAAUAGCAGUUUUUGCUUAACAAAAUUUGCUCUUCUCUUUACUUUACUUAAUCAACCAACGAAUACUUCUCACCAGUUUAAAAAUCUCUUACAAAAAGUUAAAAAUCUGAAGAAAAAGUCGUUUCAUAUAUUAUACGUGCCAUCUUAUUAUUAGCAGUCCCCCCACUUACUUUAAAACAUUAUGACGAACAAAAUAUCAAAUACAUAAAACAAUGUUAUCAUAUGAAUUAUGCAUAUCAUGAUUCAUUCCCUAUAUGGCUAUAUUUAGCAAGAAAGGACAACAACCAUAGGUACACUUAUAGAGAUUAUUUUAGUAAUAAAGUGGACAAAACAAAACAAAAUUACAAUUUAUUACGUGUCAUACUCUGAUUGCUUAGCUACCUUAUUAUAAUGCAAACAACCCUCAACUCUUCUUUCCUCCAUCUCCCAAGUCUCAUAUUAUUAGAAAUCAUCAAGAAACUAACAAGCCUUUAGGUUUUACGACACACUCUGAUACCAAAAUGCCCCGUUCCGACCGGGCCCGGGAAUAUUCUUGGAAUAAAAGCGAAGAAAACAGCCUGGUCGGGUCGAUUGUUCAAGAAGAAGGCAACAUUUACUCGUUAGCAGCGACAAAUGAUCUUGUGUUCACAGGAUCGGACAAUAAUCACAUUAGGAAUUGGAAGAACCUAAACGAGUUUAGUGAGUUUAAAUCGAACAGCGGUUUGGUGAAAGCGAUAGUGAUAUGCCGUGAGGAUAAUAAUAAGGUGUUCACGGGUCAUCAAGACGGUAAGAUCCGGGUCUGGAAAACCUCGCACAAGAACCCGCGAGUGUACACACGCGCCGGAAGCUUACCGGCUUUGAAAGACGUGUUGAAGAAGUCAGUGAAGCCGAGUAACUACGUGGAGGUGAGAAGACGUCGUACGGCGCUGUGGAUCAAACACUCCGACGCCGUUUCAUGUUUGAGUCUUGUGGAAGAUCAAGGGCUGUUAUACUCCGCCUCAUGGGAUCGGACGGUCAAGGUUUGGCGCAUUCACGAUUUGAAAUGUUUGGAAUCUAUUAAAGCUCAUGAUGACGCCGUCAACUCCGUCGUAGCCGCUGGUUCCGGCGAGGGUCUUGUCUUCACUGGCUCGGCCGAGGGAACGGUUAAGGUUUGGAAACGGGAGGUUCGCGGGAAGCGUACUGCGCAUAGUUUGGUUCAGACUCUGCUGAAACAAGAAUCUGCUGUUACGGCUUUGGUUACUAGCCACGUGGCGGUGUAUAGUGGUUCUAGCGACGGUGCUGUGAAUUAUUGGGAGAUGGGAGAGAAGAAAGUGUUGAAGCAUUGUGGUGUUUUCAAGAAGCAUAGGCUUGCUGUGCUCUGCCUCGCGGCAGCUGGAGAAUUGGUGUUUAGUGGUGCGGCGGAUAAGAAGAUAUGCGUGUGGAGGAGAGAAGGGAGAGUUCACUCGUGUGUGUCGGUUUUGACUGGUCAUACCGGACCGGUUAAGUGUUUGGCGGUGGCUGCACCAUCGGGAGAAGAGGACGAAGACGGAAGAGAUGGGAGAUUGAUUGUCUAUAGUGGAAGUCUUGACAAGUCGGUCAAAGUUUGGAGGGUGCCAUGUCAUCAUAUGUAAGAGGACUUGGCUUGUUUCCUGCGAGAUUUGGGAUGUAUGUAAGUUUAAUAAGAACCAGAACCAAUCAAAUGUUUGAUUGAUUUUAAGGACAACCAUGUAGGAGUCUAAUAUGAUUAUAGUAAUCUAAUGUAUGAUCCAGGCAUGCAGCCAUGAUAUGUUUGAGAGAGGUUUAUAUUCAGAUUUAACUAUAAGUUAAUGA